AUGAAGGUCUCAAUCGUCAACGCCCUCACCCUCGCCCUCAUCGCCGGUGUCAAGGUCGCCGAGGCUUGCUCGCUCUUCGACAACUGCCGCUGCACAAUGGCCGACGGCUCCAUAAACAACGACAUCACAACGGCCGCUUGCGCCUCGAAACGUACCGCAGCCGAUCUCGACGGUUCUGACAGCACGGCCUACACCAUUACGACGGACAGCUCUAACACCGCAACCUGCCAGUCGGGGUUCGUCGGCAAGGAUGACCUCACCCUUGACAACUGCGACUUCCGGGAGAGGUGCACCGCGGCGGGCGCAACAGGCUCUGACUCCCUCUGCACGAACGCGAAUUAA